GUAAAAAUGUACAAUGGUAUCGCAAUACGUCGGAAACCGCCACCAAAACUGGGACCAGCACAUCGAGGCCGUGCAGUUUGCUUUAAACACGGCAACGCAUGCGGCCACCGGAUACUCGCCUGCCUUCCUCGUGCAUGGUAGGGAGUUGGCACGGCCCCAUCCCGAGGACCGCCGACAGCCGGAGGAACUGCGCCCGGAAGACAGGCACCAGGCUCUGCUGGACGCCUACGAGGUGGCCAGGGUGCACCUCGCCAGAGCAUACCAGGCGCAGGAACACCACUACAACCUGCGACGACGCGAGUGGCGACCGAAGAUCGGCGAAAAGUCCCGUGGUGGUGGACCUAAGAGAUGUCCACGGAAAGUGGCAUCGCCACAUACACGUCCAGGAUCUCAAGCCAGACCAACGGGAGGAAGCCGGAGAGACGGAGGAGGAAACCGACACAGACAAAGAGGGGAACGCCGACCCAGACGAAGAAGAAACACCGGCCGACGAAUAAGAGGACCAUCCCCGUGGAAAAGAUAAGUAUCGUAACACCGAACAAACCCAAGGAGCAUGAAAACCCGCCCUAAAAUACGUCAGUGUCAUCCCCCACUCACGCAACCCCCACCCGUACUAGCCAGAUGCUCCGCACCACCUAUAGAAGGCACGAAGCACGCCUGACUAGAUGUCUCAUUGCAGCAUGGCAAGCCGAAGCAAGCUCAUGAUUGCAAUGUUUGGAGGUGAGAUCUCCAGCUCUAGUGGCGACGAGGGGACGGCGUGGAAGAGGCGGCCAAAGGAGUCCACACCACCACUCAGGGAGCGGAAGGUGCCUCGUCGGGGGACUUCGAUCCAGCGGUCCGACGCCGACCAAUGACACAAGGCGAGCUUCCUCGCCCAGCUCCCCCCACCAUCACCCAGGGGACGUCGGAGCAAGAGGAAGCCCCCCGAAGGAUACGCCGCCAAGGCUUCCCCCGCGCCCCUUUCCACGCCCCCCGCCCCACCACCGCCCGCACCACCUUGCGCCGCGCCACUCAGGCCCCUCGCGGCCAUUACGCCGCGACCGAUCGCGCCACCGACCGCGCCGCUGACACCACCAACCGCGCCGCCGAUCGCGUCGCCCCCGACGCCAUCGACCACACCGCCGCCAGCGCCGCCAACCGCGCCACCGGGGUACGGGUACCGAACCGCCCGGCCUCCCCCACUCCAACCGGAACAGGCCUGUCCCGUACCGAUAGUAGGGUAUACCCCCCCCCUUGGUACGGGUGGCACUGCCGAACGGGAGGGUGGUGGAGGUCUUCUUCCGGAUUGCCGUGCGGCAACGGAAAUACCGGGUGACUGACACCGGCGACCGGUGGAUCAUCCGGUUCGAUCGCCGGGGUCAGCCACGGGCGGUUCGGCCGCUGCCACCCGCCCCACCCCCCCUAAAACGGGGGGGGGUGAUGUGACGAUUGUCACUACGUCCCGGGACCGACCAUCUGCCCCACCACACGGGACUCGGCGUCCACGGACGCCCCUCCUGAAAGUCUAGUAUCCCCGUCGGGAACCGAUCUUACCACGCUGCUGGGAGCGCGUGGAGAUCGCCCCGACGGAUAUAAAAGCCGAGCUCGAUCCGGAUUGAGCACCAGAUUUCUCGUCGACAGAGCUGGUCAUCAGACCGCUCUGCCGCCUGGCGCACGCCGGCUUUCUGCUUCCUUGACUCCGCCGACGGAGCAGGUCAUCAGACCAUUCCGCCGAUGGGCGCACGCCAGCUUUCGGCCUUCUGGUUCUCGCCGACGAGACCGGUCAUUAGACCGCCUCGCUGCCUGGUGCACGCCGACUUUCGGCUUCCUUGACUCCGUCGACGGAGCAGGUCAUCAGACCGUUCCGCCGCUUGGCGCACGCCGGCUUUCGGCUACCUGACAUCCGCAACCCUCGCGACCGCGACCGCGUGCUACGGUGCUGCGCAUAAGCGCGCUCCCGUCCGGAUACCGUUAGACUAGCCUGUAAAUACAUUGUAGAUAUCUCUCCGUAGGUUAAGAUAUGCAGCGAGCAUAAGAUUACCCGUAGGCUAAGCGUGUACAUAGAAUAAGCAUUAUAAUAAAGAACUGUUGAUUUAA